CCCUCUCACACACACAGAAACAAGAUGGCGGAACACAGCAGCCGCUGCGGCUCCACGACCAGGCGGGUUCGGUAAAACUUCUCUGGACUUUGUUUAGCGGAGCUUUUCUCGUCCGAACCGGAUCCAUGAGUUCUCCGCGCCGCCCCUGACGCUCCGUCCCCCGGCUGGUUGUGUCUGUCGGCCGCCUGGAGUCACCGUCACCGGGAAGGUCUGACGUCAGGCGGCCAGCAUGGCGGCAGCAUCGUACGACCAGCUGCUGAGGCAGGUGGAGGUGUUGAAGAUGGAGAACUCCAACCUGAGACAGGAGCUGCAGGACAACUCCAACCACCUGACCAAGCUGGAGACCGAGGCCUCCAACAUGAAGGAAGUGCUGAAGCAGCUGCAGGGCACCAUAGAAGAAGAGUCCGGGGAGGCGUCUGGCUCUCAGCUGGAGCUCAUAGAGCGACUGAAGGAAAUGAGCCUGGAUCCAGCCGGCUUCAAGGCCCGCACCAGGCCUCCUCUGCCCCCCUCGUCGUCCUCCAGCUCUGCCUCCUCUUCCUGUGGAACUCCAGGAGCGUCCGGAGGCGCCGCGGCUCCUGGACCGUCCUCGGCUGCCUUUCCCAGGAGAGGACCUCUGUCUGCGGGCAGAGACGGCCACGACCGCUGCCUGGAGGAGCUGGAGAAGGAGAGGUCUCUCCUAUUGGCUGAGUUGGAGAAGGAGGAGAAGGAGAAGGACUGGUACUACGCUCAGUUGCAGAAUCUCACCAAGAGGAUAGACAGUCUGCCUCUCACCGAGAACUUCACUCUGCAGACGGACAUGAGUCGCCGUCAGCUGGAGUUUGAGGCUCGGCAGAUCCGAUCGGCGAUGGAGGAGCAGCUGGGUUCCUGUCAGGAGAUGGAGAGGAGAGCACAGGCUCGUGUUUCCCGCAUUCAGCAGAUUGAGAAAGACAUCCUGAGGCUUGGAGCCCGGCUGCAGGUGGAGGGUGCUCAGAGUGCGGCGGACAGCAGUGGACUGGCUGCAGCUCAGAGUUCCAGCAGCCGAUUGGACCAGGACUCUGCCAAUGAGACGAGCUACUCUGUGCCUCGACGAAUCACCAGCCACCUUGGAACGAAGGUGGAGAUGGUGUACAGCCUGCUGUCCAUGCUGGGGACCCACGAUAAGGACGACAUGUCGCGCACGCUGCUCGCCAUGUCCAGCUCCCAGGACUCCUGCAUCGCCAUGCGUCAGUCCGGCUGCCUGCCGCUGCUCAUCCAGCUGCUGCACGGCAACGACAAGGACUCCCUGCUGCUGGGUAACUCCCGUGGCAGCAAGGACGCCAGGGCGAGGGCGUCGGCGGCGCUGCACAACAUCGUGCACAGUCAGCCCGACGACAAGCGGGGCCGCAGGGAGAUCCGGGUGCUGCACCUGCUGGAGCAGGUGCGCCUUUACUGCGAGGCCUGCUGGACCUGGCAGGAGAAGCACGAGAGGGGCGCCGACCAGGAGGACAACCCCAUGCCGUCUCCUGUGGAGCACCAGAUCUGUCCCGCCGUCUGCGUCCUCAUGAAGCUGUCCUUCGACGAGGAGCACCGCCACGCCAUGAACGAGCUGGGAGGGCUGCAGGCGGUGGCGGAGCUGCUGCAGGUGGACUGUGAGAUGUUCGGGCUGAGCAGCGACCAUUACAGCGUCACGCUGCGGAGAUACGCCGGCAUGGCGCUCACCAACCUCACCUUUGGAGACGUGGCCAAUAAGGCCACGCUCUGCUCCAUGAAGGGCUGCAUGAGAGCCAUGGUCGCCCAGCUGAAGUCUGAGAGCGAAGACCUGCAGCAGGUGAUAGCGAGCGUCCUGAGGAACCUGUCGUGGCGUGCCGACGUCAACAGCAAGAAGACGCUGCGUGAGGUCGGCAGCGUGCGAGCGCUGAUGGGCUGCGCCCUGGAAGUACAGAAGGAGUCCACGCUGAAGUCGGUGCUGAGCGCGCUGUGGAACCUGUCGGCCCACUGCACGGAGAACAAGGCGGACAUCUGCGCGGUGGACGGCGCCCUGGCCUUCCUGGUGGGCACGCUGACGCACCGCAGCCACACCAACACGCUCGCCAUCAUCGAGAGCGGCGGCGGGAUCCUCCGCAACGUCUCCAGCCUCAUCGCCACCAACGAGGCGCACAGGCAGGUGCUGCGUGAACAUGGCUGCCUGCCCACGCUGCUGCAGCACCUGAAGUCCCACAGCCUGACCAUCGUGUCCAACGCCUGCGGGACGCUGUGGAACCUGUCCGCCCGGGACGCCAGGGACCAGGAGACGCUGUGGGAGCUGGGCGCCGUGGGCAUGCUGCGCAACCUCAUACACUCCCGCCACAAGAUGAUCGCCAUGGGCAGCGCCGCCGCCCUGCGCAACCUGAUGGCCAACCGGCCGGCGCGCUACAAGGACGCCAGCGUGGUGUCGCCGGGCGCCGGCGCGCCGUCGCUCCACGCCCGCAAGCAGAAGGCGCUGCUGGAGGAGCUGGACGUGCAGCAGCUGUCGGAGACCUUCGACAACAUCGACAACCUCAGCCCCAAGGCCGCCAACAGGAAGGGGCGGAGCUGCAACGCCGCCGGGGCCGCCGGGGGCAACGCCGCCCGCUCCUACGCCAACACGCCCGUGCUGUCCAGCCCCAAGAGCGCCGACGGCGGCAAGAGGAGCGGCGAGGACGCGGCGUACGCGCGGGCGGCGUUCCCGGCCAGCGUGCGCGCCUCCAGCGACAGCCUCAACAGCGUGACCAGCACCGACGGCUACGGCAACCGCGGCAAGACCAAACCCUCGUCGGACCCCUUCUACUCGUCCGACGAGAGCGCCGCCAACAAGUGCUGCGUCUACAGGAAGUACCCCGCCGACCUGGCGCACAAGAUCCGCAGCGCCAACCACAUGGCCGACGACGACGGCGGCGAGCUGGACACGCCCAUCAACUACAGCCUCAAGUACUCCGACGAGCAGCUCAACUCCGGCAGGCAGAGUCCGAGCCACGACGCCGACCACGACCAGGACGUGCGGCUGCGGAGGAGCAACGGCGGCGAGGCGGGGCAGAGCGGCGGCCGCGCCGCGUCGGGACAGCCGCCACGCUACGGCGUCUCCGCGGCGUCCGGCUACGGCGGCGGCGGCUCUGCGCCCGAGCAGCCCAUCGACUACAGCCUCAAGUACGGCGGCGACGCACGCAAGCCGCUCUUCAAGCAGGAAGAGACCGCCAUCACUCCUCUGGCUCCUCCCACUUCCAGCUCUGCCAACAAGCCCCGCCCCCUGCCGCCGGCCGCCUCGCGCACCGUAACCAAGAGCAACCAGGAGUCGACGCAGACCUACUGCGUGGAGGACACGCCCAUCUGCUUCUCCAGGGGCAGCUCGCUGUCCUCGCUGUCAUCGGAGGAGGACGAGGACGCCGACGUCGUCGCCAGGAAGAGCAAAGGCGGCGGCGGCGGCGGCAACGACUACCCGACACUUCCUGUCAGCGAGAAAGACGCCCGCGAGCGGCGGCGGCAGCAGAAAGAGGCGGAGAGCCAAACGUCGGCCGCGCCGGCCACACGCGGACGAAGAGGACACCAUCACCACCACGGCCAUCACCACCACCACCACGUGACAUCAUCAUCGGGCGCCAGGACACCCAAGAGCCCCCCGGAGCCGCCGUACGCCCAGGAGACGCCGCUGAUGUUCAGCCGCUGCACGUCGGUCAGCUCGCUGGACAGCUUCUCCACCUCCUCCAUCGCCAGCUCGGUGCGCUCCAGCGAGCCGUGCAGCGGCAUGCCCAGCGGCGUGGUCAGCCCCAGCGACCUGCCCGACAGCCCGGGCCAGACCAUGCCGCCCAGCCGCGCCAAGACGCCGCCGCCGCCGCUGCCCGCCGCCCCCGCCGCCAAGCAGGAGGAGGCCGCCAAGAAGGAGGAGAGCGGCGUGGACGUCCUGCUGCACUUCGCCACAGAGAGCACGCCGCACGGCUUCUCCCGCGCCUCCAGUCUGAGCGCGCUCAGUCUGGACGAGCCGUACAUCGCCGGCGAGCUGCAGAAGGAGGAGGAGGCGAGGAGCCAGGAGCCCCAGGAGGAGGAGCCCCUCAAGCCCAUCCUGGACGAGUCGGACGACGACAACGAGAUCCUGGUGGCGUGCAUCAACAUGGCCAUGCCCAAGUCCUCCCAGAAACCAAAGAAGCCGGCACCGCCGGCGCCGCCGCCACGCAAGCCCAGCCAGCUUCCUGUGUACAAGCUCCUCCCCCCUCAGACCCGCCCCUCGCCGCCGCAGAGGAAGGACGUGGCGGCGCCGCCUGAGGAGGUGCCCAGAGUUUACUGUGUGGAGGGAACGCCGCUCAACUUCUCCACCGCCACCUCGCUCAGUGACCUCACCAUCGACUCGCCGCCCAACGAGGAGGCGGCCCCGCCCCCCUCCGCUCCACCGACGCGUCCCGGCGUCCCGGAGGGCGAGAAUGGCGACGACAUCCUGGCCGAGUGCAUCAACGCCGCCAUGCCUAAAGCCAAGCCCAGGAAGCCAAUCAGAGCCGUGGAAACCGGCGAGCACUUUCAGGCCCCGCCCCUUCCUCCCGCGGCGUCCCCGCCGACGCCGCCGCCUCUCUGCCAGCCGCAGCUGAAGAAGAAGCCCACCUCCCCCGUGAAGCCCAUGCCUCAGCGGGCGCCGUAUGGCGUCGCCACGGCGACGGCCGCCAAAGCCAAACCGGGAUUCGCCUUCGACUCGCCGCGCCACUACACGCCCAUCGAGGGAACGCCGUGCUGCUUCUCGCGCAACGACUCGCUGAGCUCCCUGGACUUUGACGAGGACGAGGCCGCCGACAAGGACGGCGAGGAGAGGAGGAGCAAGGAGGAGGACAACAGGAAGCGGAAACAGCAGACGGCCGCCGUCUUCCCCCGCACCAAAGGUUCGGCCAAUCAGAUGGCCCCGGACGAGAAGCAGAAGUUCGCCAUCGAAGACACGCCCGUCUGCUUCUCCAGAAACCCGUCGCUGAGCUCGCUGAGCGACAUCGACCAGGAGAACAACAACAAGGAGUUCGCUCCGCCGCCGCCGCCGCAGGAGGAGGAGGAAGAGGAGGAAGAGGAGGAGGAGGAGGCCACUAGAGACGAAGCAGCAGCCCUUCCUCCUGCUGAGGUGGAGUCCAAGCCCCGCCCCCCUGCAGCCAGCGGCUACGCCCCCAAGGCCUUCCAUGUGGAGGACACGCCCGUCUGCUUCUCCAGGAACUCGUCGCUCAGCUCCCUCAGCAUCGACUCCGAGGACGACCUCCUGCAGGAGUGCAUCAGCUCCGCCAUGCCCAAGAAGAAGAAGAAGUCCUCCUCGCUGCCCGCCGCCGCUCCGGCCCCGCCCCCUAAGGCCGAGGAGGGCAUCCUGGCAGAGGAGGAACCUGCGGAGGCCCCCAGGAGCCCCACCUCUCCGGACUCGGAGUCGUUUGACUGGAAAGCCAUCCAGGAAGGGGCCAACUCCAUCGUCAGCAGCCUGAACGCCGCCGCCGCCGCCUCGUCCCUGUCCCGCCAGCCGUCCUCAGACUCCGACUCCGUCCUGUCCCUCAAGUCCGUGGGCUCGCCCUUCCACCUGCCGGCCGGCCGCAGCAACGCCGACGAGGAGGAAGAGGAGGCCGCCCAGGCCCGGCGAGGGGCCCGCAUCCUGAAGCCGGGCGAGCGCAGCACGCUGGAGGCCAAGAGGAAGGAGGAGGAGGAGGACGAGGAGGCGAAGGCGCUGCGCGGAGGGAAGAAGGUGUACAAGAGCCUGAUCACCGGGAGGCCCCGGGCCGAGCCGGCGGCGCGGGGGCGGAGCAAACCCCGAGCCGCCGCCGUGGCCAAAGCUCCGGGAGGCAGCGACGGCGCAGACAGAGGAGGCGGGUCCUCUCGAGACUCUACGCCCUGUCGGCCGGCGCCGGCCAAUCAGAAAGGAGGAAAGCUGUCCCAGCUGCCGCGCACCGCGUCGCCAGGAAGUGCCUCGUCGACGUCUUCCUCCAGAGUCGCCAAGCAGAGCGCCCCCAAGAGCGCCGCCAUCCCCAGGAGCGACUCCGCCUCCAGGCUCAGCAGCUCCGCCUCCACCAAGAAGCCGAAGGCGGAGCCUGAGAAGCCGGCGCUCGUCCGCCAGUCGACCUUCAUCAAGGAGGCUCCCAGUCCCACGCUGAAGAGGAAGCUAGAGGAGUCUUCCUCGGCGGCGGCGCCGGCGGCCAUGGAGUCACAGUCCAGCCCCGAAACGCCGCUUCCUCCUGCGGCCAGGAGACAGGAAGUCAACCGCUCGCAUUCGGAGAGUCCGUCCCGCCCGCAGGAAGUGAGCUCAUCGCGCCUCAGCCGCACCGGCACCUGGAAGCGGGAAAACAGCACCGGCGGCGCCGCCGCGGGCGGCGGGAAGCAUUCGACGUCUCUACCUCGCGUCGGCACCUGGAAGCGGACGGGAAGCUCCUCCUCGGUGCUGUCGGCGUCUUCGGAGUCCAGCGAGAAAGGCCGCGGCGAGGACGGCGGCCGGUCCAAGGGGACGUGGCGCAAAGCCAAGAACGGCGACUCGUCCGCCGCCAAGGCGGAGGACGUCUGGGUCCGUCUGGAGGACUGUCCCGUCAACAACCCGCGCUCGCCGUCCUCCUGCUCGGCGCGCUCGCCCACCACCUCCAACGCCCCGCCCGUCAUCGACAGCCCCGCCCCCUCCAAGAUCCCCUCCUCUUCCUCGUCCUCCUCCUCCAACCUCAACCUGCGGCAGAGCUGCGAGAGCUUGGAGGACCCGCCGGCGCCGCCGGACCGCCAGCAGCGCAGUCAGCCGCGGAGCGGCGCUGUGGCGGCGCGCGUCAGUCCCUUCAACUACACGCCCAGCCCCAGGAAGAACAGCGCCGACGUAAGCUCCGCCCCCGCCCCGCCCACCAGCAGCACGUCCACCACGCCCACGCGGCCCUCGCUCAUCCCCACCCCCGUCACCAAGAAGCGCGAGCCGAAGGGCGGAGAGGGAGGCGGCGGCGGCGGCGAGCGCGGCUCCUACAUCGUCACGUCCGUGUAAACGCGCGCAGAACUCAACAGGAAGUGCGUGUUUGGGAACGGACCUGUACAGGAAGUCAGUGUUUAAGCUCCGCCCCAUCCUCUGCUGCUCGAUCGGCUCCUCCCACCUGCCUGAGAGGAAGCUUGAAGAACUUUCUAUGUUUUUAUACCACUAAAUGAUGUGUAGCGCUUAGCUCCGCCCCCUGCAUGGCCCCGCCCCCUCUAACAGUACCAUGGUGACCUGAAGGUGAUAAUGUUGAUGAUGUUUCUGAUAGCUGUAGCGUCUGGAAGACUUCCUGUUUUAGAAACGGUCUGGUUCUGAACACAGCCCGGUUCUGGUGCUGUAGAUCGGAUCCUGGUCCGGUUCUGAACGUUUGAUCCGGUUCCGAUCGGAUCCGAUCUGCUUUGUUAGCCAGAUUAUGGCCUUUUAACCCGACCUCUGAUCGCAACCGAACUCUUUGGACUGAUCCAUCACUGGUUAGCAGAACCAGCAGCUUUAGUCACAAUGAAGCCGGGCUCUGUUCAGAACCUGCUUCUGACACUUCCUGUUCUGUCGCCUUGGAAACGAGUAACACUGUAAAGCGUAAGUUAUUGCUGUAAACCUGCAGACGUCUUGAUUCUGAAGCACAUAAUUUAACAGAGUUCUGCUGGAAUGCUGAUUUUCACUGAUUCCUCCUGCAGGAAAAAGACUCAGAGUUAAAACCUUCAUGUUUAACUGAAGAUGAUCAAUAAAGUUCAACACAAACUGC